AUGGUAGUCAGGAUUUGGUACUUGAUACAUGGUAGUCGAGACUCAGGAGUUGGUACUCGAUCCAAGGGAGUCGGUAUUCAAUACACGGGAGUCAGUACUCGAUCCAAGGGAGUCGGUAAUCCAGUACCCAAUACAAGGGAGUCGAGACUCAGUACAAGGGAGUUGGUCCUCAGUACAAGGGAGUCGGUACUUGAUCCAAGGGAGUUGGUACUCGGUACAAGGGAGUCGGUAAUCUGGUACACGAUACAAGGGAGUCAGUACUUGAUCCCAGGGAGUUGGUACUGGAUCCCCGGGAGUUGGUACUCAAUACAAGGAGUUGGUACUCGAUCCAAGGGAGUUGGUACUCCGGUACCUGAUACAAGGGAGUUGAGACUCAAUACAUGGGAGUCAGUACUUGAUCCAAGGGAGUCAGUAAUCUGGUACCCGAUACAAGGGAGUCGGUAUUUGAUCCCAGGGAGUCGGUACUGGAUCCCCGGGAGUCAGUACUCAAUACAAGGAGUCGGUACUCCUGUACCUGAUACAAGGGAGUUGAGACUCAAUACACGGGAGUCAGUACUUGAUCCAAGGGAGUCAGUAAUCCGGUACCCGAUACAAGGGAGUCGGUACUUGAUCCCAGGGAGUCGGUACUGGAUCCCCGGGAGUUGGUACUCAAUACAAGGAGUCGGUACUCCUGUACCUGAUACAAGGGAGUUGAGACUCAAUACACGGGAGUCAGUACUUGAUCCAAGGGAGUCAGUAAUCCGGUACCCGAUACAAGGGAGUUGGUACUGGAUCCCCGGGAGUUGGUACUCAAUACAAGGAGUCGAGACUUGGUACAAGGGAGUCGGCACUCAGUACAAGGGAGUCAGUAUUCAAUACAAGGGAUUUGGUACUGGAUCCAAGGGAGUUGGUACUCGGUACUUGACCAUAGGACAAAUCCCUGUGAUCCAGUAUACCUACCUUCUCCUGGUGGAUCCUUCUACAGGAGCAAAAUCAUACACAAUCAUCAAUCCGAUGUUUUUGAUGUUUUGCACUCCAUUACACUUGCACACAAAAUCCAGCCUGCUCAUAUAUCAUUAG